AUGUCAGCUCCACCCGGUCAAGGACAAGUUCAAAUUCAAACCGGUGGUCAAAGAUCACCAGCGGCUUUAAACAUUGCCAAUUACUUGUUUCAAAAUUCAAUAUUGAAACAAAGAUCAGGAUUAUUAGAUAAUAAAACAGAUAUUGAGUUUUUCAAAUAUAAAAGAUUUGAAAGAGCAUUAUUAAGUGAUGAUUAUAGAUCAAAACAACAAAAUCCCAAAAAUGGAUUAAUUCCAAUUGCAAAUGCUCAAGAAGUUCAAAAAAUAUUUGUAUUAUUAAUUCAAAAUCAAUUAAUUUUACCAAUAAAUAAAUUACAUUAUUCUGAAGUUAAAGCUAUAAAAGGUUGGAAACCAAUACGUGAUAAACCAACUUUUAAAAGAGCCGAUAAAGCAGUUAUAGAUCCAAAAUCAUAUUUUGGUUGGUUAUAUACAAAACCAAAUCCUUAUAUCUUGUUAUAUUCAAUCUUGGCUAUAGCUGGUAUAUUUACAGUUAUAUUAUUCCCAUUAUGGCCAAAUUUCAUGAGAAGAGGUGUAUGGUAUUUAUCAAUGGCUGCAUUAGGAUUAAUUGGUUUGUUUUUCAUAAUUGCAAUAAUACGAUUAAUCAUAUAUAUUAUAUCAUUAGUUGCAUUUCCAAAACCAUUUUGGUUAUUUCCAAAUUUAUUUGCUGAUUGUGGAGUUAUUGAAAGUUUUAUACCUUUUUAUGGAUGGGAAGAACCUAAAAAGAAAAAAUCAAAAAAAUCAAAAAUGUCAAGUACUAAACCUUCUAAUGGUAGUAGUAAUGAAAUUGAACCAAUUUUAACAAGUAAAGAAAAAAGUGCAACUGGUUCUGAAACUCAUAAAAGUAAUGGAGAAUCAAAAAAUAGAAAAGUUACAUUAGAAGAAGUUGCUGAAUAG